UUUCCUGAAAUCAUUCCCCAGAUUUGCAACCUUCCCUCUUCUUUUCAUUCCCCCUUCUUUGUCCUGCCCUCCAGUUUAGCUACUACAGCUAUCCCGAAUGAUAAUACAACGCUUUCAGGCCUUUUCCCGCUAAUUCCCGGCAAGAAGUACAAUUUUCCGGCGAGAUCUUUGAAUUUCUCCUAUAUUUUGAUCAUCCUGGGCAACUGCGUCUGAGAGGAAAUUGAAGGGCAUGUUUGAAUAGGAAGGUUCCUCUUGGCCUUCUCUGGCUAUUCUUCGGUUCUUUUAGGAUGCCUGUUUCGACCCGCUCGCAGAUCCUCAGCAACCAAGAUGAGCCAACUAUCGACCAGCCAUCACGACCCGGGACCGAUCAAGAAGACUCCCAGCCGGGUCCUCCUCCAUUACGGAAUCUGCAUCACGGGUUGAAAGAGAAGAUGAAAGCUCUUACAUUGUUAUACGAGCAGCAGAAAAAGGCUUCGGCCGCUCUGAGAAACCAGUCUACAAGAACCGAGGAACGGCGGUUCUCCACCCAUCCGAGUGUCGAUCUACUAGGCUCUGGUAAAAGAGACGAUAAAGAACCAAAACGGAGUCCCGUGAUGAGAGAAAAGAGUCAAAACACGUUACCAAAUUCCACUGUCACAAGGACAUUCGUGUUGCCACCACCGCCGUGUAUCCCCACCGCUGUUCCCGAUGAUUCGAAGGAGAAUGUUAUGGGUGCCGAUCGGAUUGUGGGGUUUACUUGCCCGAGGAAAGGGACGAUGCCGACCACCGUGGCGAGGAAGCUCUCCUUGGGAAGUUUUGUUCCACAGUCUGAACCUAGAGGCAUAGGAGCGACUAAAGUUGCUCAAGAAUAUGAUACUGUUUCAGAUAAUGCUGGGGUGGGUAGCCGGAUUCUUGUUUUCGUGAGGCUCAGACCCAUGUCCAAGAAAGAGAAAGAAGCUGGGUCGCGGAGCAGCGUUCGUAUAGUCAACCGGCGGGAUGUUUAUCUCACAGAGUUUGCACAUGAGAACGACUAUCUCCGGCUGAAAAGACUACGUGGACGCCAUUUCACCUUUGAUGCUUCGUUCCCGGACACUACAACCCAACAGGAAGUUUACUCCACCACAACGGCCGAUCUCGUUGAAGCAGUCUUGCAAGGGAGGAAUGGAUCAGUGUUCUGCUAUGGUGCGACGGGAGCUGGAAAGACAUACACAAUGUUGGGAACUGUAGAAAACCCAGGUGUGAUGGUGCUAGCAAUUAAGGACCUCUUUGCUAAGAUUCGGCAGAGGAGCUGUGAUGGCAACCACGUGGUUCACCUCUCCUACCUUGAGGUUUAUAAUGAAACUGUCAGGGAUCUGCUCUCCCCAGGAAGGCCUCUGGUUCUCAGAGAAGAUAAACAGGGAAUUGUGGCUGCAGGGCUCACUCAGUACCGGGCAUAUUCAACAGAUGAAGUAAUGGCACUGCUUCAACGAGGAAACCAAAACAGAACGACUGAACCAACUCGAGCAAACGAGACCUCCUCACGUUCUCAUGCUAUUCUGCAGGUGGUUGCUGAAUAUCGGGUGAAGGACGCUUCCAUGAAUGUUGUAAAUCGAGUAGGGAAGCUCUCACUGAUUGACCUUGCAGGGUCGGAGAGAGCCCUUGCAACUGAUCAGAGGACACUAAGGUCACUCGAGGGUGCCAAUAUCAACCGCUCCCUCCUUGCUCUGAGCAGCUGCAUCAAUGCCCUUGUUGAGGGAAAGAAACACAUACCUUACCGCAACUCAAAGCUCACCCAACUCCUCAAGGACUCACUAGGGGGAGCAUGCAACACUGUCAUGAUUGCCAAUAUCAGCCCAAGCAAUCUCUCCUUUGGUGAGACCCAGAACACCCUCCAUUGGGCCGACCGUGCCAAGGAGAUCCGCACCAAGGCAUCUGAGGCAAAUGAGGAGUUGAUAGAAGUACCAGAAUGUGAGACAGAUCAGGCUAAACUAUUACUCGAAUUGCAAAAAGAAAACCGUGAGCUGCGAGUACAAUUGGCACGUCAGCAACAGAAGCUACUAACCCUCCAGGCACAGUCAUUGGCUGCAAAUUCCUCACCAAACCCCUCAUCCGUCACCUCUCUGUUGUCUCCCCUCCCACCCUCUUCGGCUCAAGGGAAUGAGAAAAGGCGGGCUAAGUCAUCCAUCUUAGUGGGUAAUUGCUUUACACCGCAAUCCAAGAAGAGGGGGGCUGAUGAGAUGGUCCAAGAGCUUCGACGGACCAUCAAGGGAUUAGAGGCUGAGAUGGGAAGAAUGAAGAAAGAGCAUGCUUUGCAGCUGAAGCAGAAGGACGAUUUCAUCCGCGAGCUUUCACGGAAGAGCAUGAAACCACCAGAAAGAGGGACAACAAGAGCAGGGGAGGGAGGAGGGGUGAAGAGGGUGGUGACAAGGGCAAACAUGCAACCCAAAGAGUCGACUGAGGGUGAGUUGAAGAGCCCAAGUUCUCGCUUUCUAUCACCGGCACCGACGGCUAAGAAGCGGACCUUCUGGGAUAUAACCACGGCUAACAGCCCAUCUGUUGUAACAUUAAAUGGCAGAAAAACCAGAAGCCAUGUUGCAUCUGAAAGUGUAGCAGCAGCACCUUCUAUGCUUCUUCAGCUUGCAUAUCCAUGUUUCUGGUUUGUGUUAAUGUUCGGACCGCAUGUCGUCAAUUGCAUCCUUCAGCCAGGAUUUGCUCGUCAAGGGGCCGGCCCUCCGAAGCGAUAAAGAGGAUGGACACGGGAGGAAGAAAGAAUAAAAAAAUACGAAAGAGAUGAAGGAUGAGAAAUCAAUGUUGUUCAUUUGCGGUUUCUUCCUCAUCCCAUCCUCUCUGCUCGAGCUGGUGGUUUGAAAUGAAAGGAAGAAAAGAUUACUUUCGUUGGUCGUUCGCUUCUCCUGUAUGUCAUAAACGAUAACCAACCAAAUCACAGAAGGUUGUAUUGUUUACUAUGCCAUUCUUUUCUAAAUUGUGUUGUUUAUUUUUCAUCAAGUCCAGAGUGCAUACCAUGUAUAAUUCUUUGACCAAAAGCCCAGUAAUUUAUUAGCAACAUUAAUUCUCAUUA